UGUAGAUUCAUCAAGACAAGAGACACAGACAUGAUGUCUUCAGUUAGAUCCGUCUGUUGACUGUCUUUUUUCGCUCUGUGAUUCUCUUCUUCAAUUCAGUGUUCUUGAAAGCUUAAUCCACCUAGUUAUCUAAAUCUCAAGCUUUUCGCAGCAACACAUGAACUCCUGCAAAACCCUAUUCCGCGCCUCCUUCUCUUCAUCUCCUUCAUUGGUUCGUCUCCCAAACCCUAAUCCAUCCAUCACCCUUGUCUCCUUCCGCCCCUUCUCUUCUCCCUCCUCCGUUCUCCGUCCAAAUCCAUCUGCACACAGCAUCGGACCACCUCGUUGCGCUCUUCACGAAUCUGCCUCUCUUCCAGCACUAGAGACCUCCACUGAGAAUCCUCCCGUAGAUCUUACCGUGAGUGUUAAGGAGCUGCUGACGACUAAUCGAAAUGACGCGUCGAGCAUGAUGAAGAUGGAGCGGAGGAGGAGCUCCUUCAUCGGCGGCGGCGGCGACGGUACUAGAGGAUCAUCAUGGUUCCCUUACGAGGACAGGUUCAGGUGCGGUGACGACGUGCACCUCAGCAGCCGUGAGGUGCUCGAGGCGGUGAGCCCUCACAUGAUGGAGGAGAGGUCGGACAGGUUCAGGCGCGUGGUGGAGAAUCGAAGCUUCUCGGUUUGUCUCGUCGUCGAAGGUCUGUCUGAUAUAGGAAACAUCUCCGCUGCGUUUCGCUCCGCGGAUGCGUUGGGGAUUCAGUCCGUGCACGUUGUUGCAUCCGACAGCUUCAAAAGGUAUAGGAACAAUCGACAUGUGAGUAUGGGAGCUGAGAAGUGGCUAGACAUUGAGCUUUGGGACACGCCUAAAGAUUGUUUCCAAGUGUUGAAGUCUCGUGGUUACAGGAUUGCCACAACUCAUUUGGGAAUGGACACGGUUUCGAUUUACGAUAUGGACUGGUCACAACCAACAGCAAUAGUUGUUGGAAACGAGGGGAGUGGAAUAAGCGAAGAAGCGUUGGAGUUAUCGGAUUUGUAUUGCAGUAUUCCAAUGAACGGGAUGGUUGAUUCGUUCAAUGUCUCAGUGGCUGCAGGGAUUGUGAUGCAUCACGCGGUCUGUGACAGAACCGCUCGUCUGGGAAGUCAUGGAGAUCUGUCGGCAGAAGAGAAAGAGAUAUUGAUGGCUGAGUUUUCACUUCGCCACAGUAGAAGCUCACUCUUUAUUGCUUCCGAGUUUGCUAAACGUAGACAACAACAACAACGCGCUGCUUCCUUCUAGUUCUAGUCUACCAACACUCUGUUUCCAGUUUUCGUAUUAGUGAGCCUUGAUUGGCCUUAUAAAAUCAACAUUUUUAUUUCAUAUUAAUUCAAAAUAUUGAAUAAAUUUGCUUUUUACGUA